UGGGAGCCUGCAGGGGGCGGGGCCGCCGCUUCCCCUCAGCCUUUGCGCGCGGGGCGGUGGCGGCGGCGGAGGAAUGUCGGUGGCGUUCGUGCCGGAGCGGCUGCGCGGGAAGGCGGAGGUGAACCAGGAGACGCUGCAGCGGUUGCUGGAGGAGAACGACCAGCUGAUCCGGUGCAUCGUGGAGUACCAGAGCAAGGGCCGGGCCACCGACUGCGUGCAGUACCAGCAUAUCCUGCAUAGAAACCUCAUUUAUUUAGCUACAAUUGCUGAUGCGACGCCACCCAGCACACAGAAGACUGUAGACUGACUGCGCGUACCCGGACACGAGCAGUGAUGCUUUAAGAAUCUGUAGAAAUACUUAGCUUAGAGUCCCACUUUGAGGGCUGAGAAGGUGCGGUCUUGAAAGGCAGGUAAAAAGUAAUCUGUGCUUUUAUGUUAAAAACAUGAAUGUAGUUUUUGAUGUAUUAGUAGGCUAGCUUUUUCCCCAUUACUGUAAGCAGAACUUUAGGGUGAUAAUUUCCACACUCCCUUUUUCCCCUCUAAAAAAACUGCAGGUAGUAUACUUCUGAAAAUAGCCUCGUUCUCAGGACAGCACUACUGGAGAUGCCUUCAGAGGACUCCUGUAGUCUCACUGAAGUAGAGACUGUUUCAUGACUAAGGUUGUAUAGUAAUAGGGUAAGCAUUUAGCUAGGUAACUUCUCUCUACCUCCAACAUGACAAAAAGUCAGUCGUAUGUUGCCAUAUAUAUAAGCAGUAGACUGUUUUGUAUCUUGUAUCAUAGUAAUUGUGCUUAAUCAACUAAAGAUGUUCUUUGUAAAUUAUAAUACGUCCUGGAUUAACAUAACAUGUUAACAAAGGAGCAGCUCAGUGGUUCAGUGAAAUAGCAAUGCUAACUUGUCUAGGAAUGAUGGGACUGUUGCAUAACUUAGAGCAAUUAAGUGCAAGGGAGAAAUCGAGCCUUUAUUUCAGUGAGAAAAGGCUGUGUGUUUGCCCUAGUUGUGUCAAGACUCUUCCUUUUUUUUUGCUUGAAAUGCUCUGUACUGCAGCCUCUGUAAACAAGUAAAUUCUUGCAUAAACAAAAUGGA